CAGUGUUUUUGGUAAAUGUAUGGAAAAUUUGCGUGCUCGGAUGAAUCUAAGACUAAUCAAUUCAGCCUCGGAAGAAAAACUAAAAAAGUUAGUAGCUCAGCCGUCGUUUCUAUGCUGUCAAAUUUUCAAUGAAGACCUCGUUGGAGUACACAACCAACAGAUCAACCUAACUCUCAACAAACCCAUCUAUGCCGGACAAGCUAUUUUAGACCUUUCAAAGAGACUGAUGUAUGAAUUUCAUUACAAGGUGAUGAAGCCUCAGUACGGUGACAAGAUCAACUUGCUGUUUACAGAUACAGAUUCGUUGUGUUAUGAGAUUCUGACUGAUGAUGUAUAUGAAGACAUGAAACCUAUCAAAGACCUAUUCGAUACCUCCAACUACGGCUCAUUCAACAAAACGAAACAUCUCUUUUCCAGCAAAUAUAAGAAAGUCGUUGGGAAAUUUAAAGAUGAGCUUGGUGGUGUUCCUUUAAAAGAAUUCGUUGGCUUGAGACCUAAAAUGUACAGCCUUUUGUAUAACCAGACCUCUACAGAAGGUAUCACAUGCGAAAAGGAAAAAAAAGUGGCGAAAGGCAUUUCAAAAACUGAAAUAAAACAGACUCUCCGACAUGAAAUGUAUAAGAAAUGUUUAAAUGAAGAAACUACGACCACCAAUUCAAUGACAUGCAUUAGAAGUAAAAAUCAUGAACUGUUCAUGGAUACCGUUGUGAAAAAAGGACUGUGUAGUUUUGAUGAUAAACGUUACUGGAAGAACCCAAUUGAAAGCUAUGCCUAUGGACAUUAUAAGAUAGACACAUAUUAG